AUGGCUCAACUUGUUGCUUUUCUAACCAUUUUCUUUGCAGUUUUGGGAACUUCCAUGGCUCACUUCUCCAGCCACUUCGGCUUCGACCCCUUUGGUCGCCGCCACAGCAAUUAUGGCAACGACUAUGGCGACUACGGCAACCCUGAAUAUUGCUCGGACAUCGCUCCAAGGUUUGCAUUGUGUCAGGGCUUCGUUGAAGGGAGCGACAGCUAUCCGUCACCUCAAUGUUGUGAGAGCCUCCAGCAACUUAACAUGAUUGCUAAGGAUCAGAGCGGAGGUCCGACGAGGAUCUGUGAGUGCAUUGAGCAAAUGGGGAAUAAUGAGUACAAGAAGUCCCUUGUUAAGCAUGUUUUUCGUAGUUGUGGCAUGCACAAUAGCUUUCCCAUUUCUAACAACAUGGACUGCUCUAGUCCAAGUGAAGAAUGCCAACCUAAGGGCAGAAGGUCGAGGUGCUUCAGCCAAUUGAAGGGUACGCCACGCAUGCCUUCACUUGUCAAAUUUCCAUAUAAGCCACCUGGCAAAUCAGGUGCUGCCACUCAACUUCACAGCAUGCUUGAGUAUCCCACCUUCACGUCUUCCCCUUUUUCGGGCUGCCCCACUUUUAAUUCUUCGGCGGUGGCGGUGGCGGUGAUAGUGGUGGUGUUUUCUAAAUUUUAG